UAUACGACACAUAUUUAUUUAUUAUUUCUAUCAAAGUAUAAUUUAUUCAGUACUCUAAAACAGAUCAUUGAAAUGCACUGUACGUAAUAUUAAGAUUAACUAAUUAGAUGUAACCUCAGUUAUAAUGUUAAGACAUAUGACGUCCGGAUAUACACGGGUCGAAGGUGAUGUGAACCUUCCAUUAGACAGCUGUCAGAGAUCGCAGUGAUCUUCACCAAUCUUUACUGUUGCGCACGUUGUGCGAGAUUGUCCGUUGUAAUUCUUUUGUAAAUAUAAGAAAUUCGCAAUUGCAAUGGGAAUACUGGAAAAGAUCUCAGAAAUUGAGAAGGAAAUCGCGCGAACACAGAAAAACAAGGCCACCGAGUAUCACCUGGGUUUGCUGAAAGCAAAACUCGCCAAAUAUAGAUCUCAACUGUUAGAACCGACGAAGAAAUCCGAGAAAGGUGAAGGUUUUGAUGUGCUGAAAUCUGGUGAUGCGAGAGUCGCGCUUAUUGGUUUUCCAUCGGUUGGCAAAUCCACUCUCCUCAGUACCUUGACGCAUACUGAAUCUGAGGCUGCUUCCUAUGAAUUUACUACUCUGACAUGUAUUCCUGGUGUUAUAGAGUACAAAGGUGCCAAUAUACAAUUGCUGGAUCUGCCUGGUAUUAUAGAAGGAGCUGCACAGGGAAAAGGACGAGGUAGACAAGUCAUAGCUGUUGCUAGAACAGCAGAUUUAGUUCUAAUGAUGUUGGAUGCAACCAAACAGGAUGUCCAACGCCAACUAUUGGAGAAGGAACUCGAAUCAGUUGGAAUCAGACUGAACAAAAAGAAGCCGAAUAUAUAUUUUAAAGUGAAGAAAGGUGGUGGGUUGGCUUUUAACUCAACGUGUCCUCUCACAAAGGUAGACGAGAAAUUAGUCCAGAUGAUCUUGCACGAGUAUAAGAUCUUCAACGCUGAAGUGUUGUUCCGUGAAGACUGCAGUGCAGACGAGCUGAUAGACGUCAUCAACGCAAAUCGAGUAUAUUUGCCCUGCCUUUAUGUAUAUAACAAAAUAGAUCAAAUAUCCAUAGAGGAAGUCGAUCGAAUUGCUAGGCAACCCAAUAGUGUCGUAGUUAGUUGUAACAUGAAACUGAACCUUGAUUUUCUAUUGGAAACGUUAUGGGAGUAUCUAUGCUUGAUAAGGGUAUACACAAAAAAGCCUGGACAACCACCUGACUUCGACGAUGGUUUAAUAUUGAGAAAGGGAGUCACGGUUGAACACGUGUGUCAUGCUAUUCAUCGUACCCUCGCUCAGCAAUUUAAGUAUGCCCUUGUUUGGGGUACGAGUACCAAAUAUUCACCUCAAAGAGUAGGACUGCAACAUGUGAUGCAUGAUGAAGAUGUCAUACAAAUAAUGAAGAAAUAAAUUCCCAUGAAAUUUGUAAAACACUGUUAAAGAUAAAACGUGGAUAGCAAUAUAGGCCUUAUAUAUAUUUAGCCUUCUAUACAUUAAUACAUAACACACAUACACAACAUAUAAAUACAUACAAACGGCUAACUUCAAAAAUUUGUAAAAUUCAAACUGUUUUAAUGUGAAUGUGUUUGAAUUACAUAUUUUAGGAAGCUUGUGGCCCAUAUGAUCACCGUUACAAUAAAAUUUUUAAAAAUAAA